GAAAAGCUGAAAAUCCAAAGCUACCCCUAAAAUUUUCGUAGAAAAUUGAAGUACAAUGCGAAAAUCGAAAUGACUGAAUGCCCAAGGAGGUAUUUUUUUUCUUCUAUUUUCAUCUUGCCCCAUCUUUACUGGAAGAAGCCGCCACCCGCUCUUGCUUUGUGCCGGCCACCUUCUCUGCCGUCGACCGCCGUGCCAGGUGUCUUCAACACUGCCAUCUAAGACUAUAUUUUUCUGCUUAGAUACCUACAUUUUGGUUUAGUCUGGAAAAUGUUUAGGAUUUCUGUUAUCAGAAGAUUAACUAGUUCUAAUAUUGCUAUUGGAAACCUCAAUCACCAACUUUUGCAACAAUGUUCUGUGAGUGGUACUUCAAAAGGUAAAGGAAAACUCAAGACGGUGCAGACAUUGAGGCGAUCUAAGGUUGUGAAAAAGAAAGGAUCUGACAGUGGGGGCCGCAAGACUGGACUUGUGGCUGAGCUUGAAGAGAUGGCCCAAAAGUGCUUGAAUGCUCCCACCCCUGUAAGAUUCUUGAAGGUUAAGGAGAGAGCGCGUGAGGCUGAGCGUGAGAAAUUAGGUCUCAUUAGUAAGGAGCGUCAAAGAGAGAUGGAUUUAUUGAAGAAGCAGGCUAAAGAAGGAACUGGUCUUGAGAAGCCAUCUAUUAUUGGUACUCCAGGCUUGGAUUUGAUUUCUUUGGGUAUAGUUGAUGCGGAUGCUAUCCCAAAGUAUGAGCUGACUGUUGACGAUGGUCGUCGACUUGCCAAAGAGUAUAGUAGGGUUUUGAUGAGAAGGCAUCGUGCAAGGCAAAAGGCGGAGACUACACUUUUGAGAUUGAAGAAAGAGGCAAUUGAGGCUUUGCCUGAGCAUCUGAAAGCUGCGGCUAUGGUUCCUGAUUUGACCCCAUUCCCUGCAAACCGGUUCAUGGCUACACUGACUCCACCUAUUGAAGGAUACAUAGACAAAAUCAGGGCGGCAGCUGCAAAGCAAUCUACGAAAACCAAGCUGAGAUGAUUUUGUUAAGUUAUCAAGUGUUUAUGACUAUCUAGUAAGGCGGCCAAGACUAUUGUUCAAGGCAAAACGAUUCAAGUUGAGUCACUACAAUGUGUUCUUGGAUUUACAAUGCAUUUGUGUAACCAAUAAUUUUCGUGCGAGUGAGACGGAAGACACCUGCAGUAACCAUAGAAAUUUUGUUCCACCUCGACUUUGUAGUUCUCAUUACUGAGCACAUUCUGAUCACAGACCAUUGUUCUCUUGCUUUUCUGUUAUACUAGUAAUGUUGGGAAGAAAGUUUUACA